GACCCUCAAUGUGUGCGCACCUUCUGUUCUUCUUUUAUUGAUCAUUACGUGUAGUUUUUUAUAGUCUUUUUGGAUAUGUCUCUAUUUCUGUCCUGACUGGAUUUUAGUCGCAGCCGUGAUGUUAAAGUAAAUUCCACUUAAUUAACAACGUAUUAUAAACCUGUUUGUCAGGUUCAGACGAUAUUUGAUACAGGCGGUGUAACAAAACCUUAAUGAGGUUCCUGUCUAAACAGCACGUUUGUUUACCAAGGAGGCGUUUGAAAGCGCAAAAAAUGCUGUCUAGCUAGGUGUUUCGAUUUAUUUAGUCACAGCCAGGCGUAUUCCGGUGAUGUAUUGAUGUAGAACUUCCAGUUGGCUGUUUAUCCAUUAACCAAGUUGUCCAAUAGAGUGUGAAGUAGUUUGUUAACUUAAGAGGAGGACGUUAAGCUGUAUUGUUUUUGUUAUUAAAUCGGGCAUAAUGACUGUAGAGGUGGAGAGAAAAUUUGUAUGCGAUGCAGAAGUUAUGGGGAGACUAAAGGACAUUGGAGCUCAAUGUAUUGGUCAACGACAGUUUCAAGACCAGUAUUUUGACACUCUUGAUUUUGUCUUGACGCUAAAAGAUUUCUGGCUGAGAUGUCGAGAGGGAUUGUGGGAGCUGAAAUGCCCUGCGGUUUUAGGGAGUAAACCAGUGAAUGAAACCGAGACCUUGUGCACAAGAUACAAGGAGAUAACCAGUUUCCCUCUGGUUCAGUCAGAGGUCAGGAGGAUAAUAAAAGAGCACACUGCAGAAGGGAGUGAAUCAAAUUCCUCACAAAGGGAACAAACUGACAAAGUUAGAGAGAACGAGGACACAGACUGCUGCCCGACUGAUGACAAAAAGUGGCUGACUGACCUGAAUAUGGUCUGUUUCGCUGAGUUCAAGACAGAGCGUUGUUCCUACAUACUGGAGAGAGAAGAAGGUACAGUGCGGGUGGAUCUGGAUAAGGCUGAUUUUGACUAUUGUGUGGGGGAGAUUGAGGUACUGGUGCCUGAAGUAGGUGACAUUAAUGCAGCUGUGCAAAGAAUUACAAAGAUUGCUGGAGAAUUAGGUUUAAGCUGUGAGAAGAAAGUACAGGGCAAAAUGGAUGUCUUCCUACAAAGAUAUCGACCUGACCACUAUACAAAACUUCUUAGUGCUCAUAUUUUAUAGGAAAAUCAUAAAAAGUAUAUAAUUGAAAUUCCUACUUAAAAUAUAAGGAAAAUGUCUGACAAUAUAUACCAUGUAUUGUUGUAAUUCUUUUUAGACUAUGUACAGAUACAUGUACAGAAACCGAGGAUUAAAAUGUUAUCCAUUAAAACCUAUUAAAAAUGCCA